AUGAACAUCCAGAACCAUUCUCCUCGCACUCUUCCAUUUUCCAUUGCUGAUGAUUUCAGGUUGGAGCGAUUGUUGGGAUACAAUGCUCAGCAAAAAAUAAUUUCUCUGUUGGGACAUGUAAACGGUGUGAGAACAAUCGUGGUAAUGGAAAAAACACAAUUUGCUGUGGAUUCCGAGGAGGAUGUCAAGAAAUGGCUCGCUUUGAUAAAACAACCGAACGGACAAGGCUUGCAGCAAGUGAUUGUAAACGAUAAAUAUUACAUGUUGAAUUUACCAGCGAUGGAGGAUGACCACUUUAAUUUACUGAACACUAGCAUAAUAUUUCCUGCUGACGAGAGUGACAUUGCAAAGUAUUCCAUGCAAAGUCAUGAACUCUUUCUAGAAACUCCAUCUCUCUACCAGGAAGUGACUCGACCUUACAUUGACAAAAUACCAAAAGAGCAUGAAAAGUGGGUCGAUAAUUUGCUUCAAAAACAGAGUGAAGUUGAGCAUAUGAUUUAUGAAGAUACAGAAUCAGAGGAAGAUUUGCGCUUCAUGUUACAUCCUGAUAUGAAGUACGAUAAAGUGGAUAGAAACCAACUCUACUGCAUUGCCUUUUGUUUCAACAAGGAAAUCAAAAGCCUUCGAGACCUAUCCACAGAGAGACACUUGAAAAUGCUUAAAAAUGUUCGUGAUCGUGGAUGUCAAGUCAUUGAGCAACUGUUUGGAAUUCCACGAGAAAAAUUGCGAAUCUUUGUGCAUUAUUUACCUUCCUUCUUUAGAUUCCAUGUCCACUUUACCAAUGUGGAUAACACCUCAGUCAAUAACGGUGUAGAGAGAGCUCAUUUGCUCGAUGACAUUAUUGAAAAUAUGGAAGUAUUUGGGUUAGACUUCUAUCAAAGAAAGACUCUGACCAUUACUAUCAAAGGCACUCAUGGUCUCUAUCGUUCAUUUAAAGAAAGAACCACAAAUGUGGAUAGAAAAUGA